ACACGAGUAUGUGUUGUUACUCUAUGUUCAGUGAGUUUUGUCAAGCUGGCUGAAGAUCAGCGAAGCUGUUUGGCACCUAGAAGGCAUCUGCUGGCUUUCUUCUCUUAUUGGUGUUUCGUUACACUUUGUUUAAUUUUAGCCUCUGGUGUGGCUGCUUUAGAGUGGUACGCUGAAGAGGCCAAACGUACCUACGGUCAAUUCGUUCCAACUCUCCAGGUCACCAAUCGGCGGCAGUUAAUUCAUCAUCAACCGGUGGGCCUCGUGGGGAUUAUCACACCGUGGAAUUUCCCGUUAUCCAUGAUAACACGCAAGGCUGGUGCUGCUCUGGCUGCAGGUUGUGCGGUAAUCCUCAAACCGGCUGAAGACGCACCACUAUCGGCAUUGGCCAUCACACACUUGGCCGCUUCUCACGCAAAACUUCCUUUGGGUUUGUUGAACACCAUCACUGCUUCUCGCGAUCCUGAUGGUGCUCAGGCUAUCGGGGAAUUGUUGUGUGAGGAUCCUGCCGUAAGACUCGUUGGUUUUACCGGAUCGACAGCUGUCGGAAAGCUGCUGUACAGACAAGCUGCUGCUCACGGGAAACGUGUUUUGCUCGAACUUGGAGGCAAUGCGCCCUUCAUUGUAUUCGCCUCAGCCAACCUCGAUUUGGCCGUGAAAGGUAUGAUCGCAUCGAAGUUCCGAUGCUCCGGUCAGACUUGUGUUUCGGCCAACCGUAUCCUGGUGGAGGAUUGUGUGUACGAUGAAUUUGUGCAGCGUGCAGUUGCCGCUGUACGUCAGUUGCGGAUGGGUGAUGGAUUGCAGCCAGAUACACGCAUUGGACCGUUGAUCAACAAGGCGGCGGUGAGCAAGUGGUGUUCCGGUGGUAGUCAUCAAAUUUCGCCCGUGGAGCACGUGUACUCAAAUCCCACCACCACCACCUGCCACCGUUGUUUGUUGUAUGGUAGCCCUUGGAUUGAAAUUGUAUAUUUGUAUAUGCAAGGAAAGAAAAAUGAAAAAGAAAAGGCUCCUAGGUUAGGUGUGAUAUUAAACCGGACGACGACAAAGUUGGAUGUUGAUGGUGGGGUUGGCAUCUCGGAACAUAGGAAACCCGUGCGCCACUUCCACCACAUGGGUUGCGCAUGCCCAACUACCGUCUACCGAACCGCAUCUUAUUUGCACUAG